AUGGCUCUUGACAACCAUACAAAUCAACAACUGGGUCAGCACAUUCAUUUUUCUCCUCCCAAGACACCACACUCUCCAAGAAAACCCUCACCACUUAGACAAUGUCAACGACUUUCUUCUAUUCCCGACUAUGAGAAGAUCAACAACUUACACGACGAUAAUUCAGCCACUUACCUACAAGAUCUCCGAAAUAACCGUGUCGCAAGACUCAACGGAUCAAGACCACCUCCACCUUCAAGAAUCGCAAGCAAGCGUCAGCCGCAAAGACCAACAUCGAGCGACGACUCCACCUUAGCCACCACUAACAAAUCAGUUCCGACACACAAUCGCCAGAAGAGCCUUGAUUCUAUCAGCCGCGACGAGUACACCGGACGUCCUCUGGUAGCGCAACCCGGUCUUUCCAAUGUCAGCAAGGUGUCACCUUUAGCCUCGCAACCAAUACAUGAGGCCUUAGAAGAGUUGAACCUGGAAGAAGAAAAACGCAUACACGCAGCAGCACAGGACGAAGCCGCUGAGCUAGUCUGGAAGCAUCGCACCGGUCACGACCCGGAGAAGGAACGCGCCUCUGCAUACACAAAUCCUGAUGUGGACCCCAAAGCCGCCCGUAAAGACUACCGUGCCCAUCUCCGAAGCACGAGCAAGGAUAAGAACGAAGUACAACCUCUAUUUGCGAGUCGUUCGGCAGGAAGUGAUGCGCCGGUCACAUCUCUGGAUGAACGUGGUAAUAGGAAACUUCCCGAAGAUCCCUUUGUGGAGCCUACAACGAUCACCACACCAUUAUCUGCAUCAAGAAGCACGCGAUCGAAAGGCAAGAGCUAUGAGGGUCUCGCAAACGCUGUGGCCAAUGACGUCGCAGUCUCAAAACGACGUGUAAGUAGCGGAUCUAAAAGACGACCUAGUUCAGAAGUCAAGGCAGGAUUCAUGAACCCGACCGACAAGAUCUACGAAGAGCCAGACGAACCAUUGGAAGAAGUCAGGGACGUGGAAGCGCCAGCUAUAACGACACAAGUAGAGACGAAGCCGGAAGAGGUUCCUCGCCACGUUCGUAGGAACCCAUUUGCUAGAGUGAGAUUGGCACAAGAGAAAUUCGAAAAGAAGGAAUCUCCUUCCGGAUACUCAGUCAAGAAGAAUGAUGAGAAAGAGCAUGAGAAAAUAUCCGAGAAAGUCUCUGUUUCUGGAUACACAGCGAAGAAACAUGAGAAGAUCGAGAUUCAAAGAAAUCCACCUUCGCAAUCUCGAAAUGCUUUCUACACUGUCAACGAAUCGGCGCCCGCCUCACCAAAUCUCCCACCCCAAGACAUCCCGGAAAGAGCUGUCGAGGACAGUCCCAAAGUCAAAGACGGCAAAGAAGUACGCGGCGAUGACAUCCGCUCUGCAACAGCGAUGAAGCGCAAAGACAGAAGUCCAAAUUUACCUCAACCAACAGCAGUCAGUGAUAGCCCUGGUAGGCCGAUUGUGAGUUUCCAAUCAGGCUGGAAGCCCAAGGAAAUCCAGCUGGUCGAGGAGAAGUCGAUAGCGCUUCCGGAGUGUCUGGCUGUGGGAAAGAAUGCUCCAUCCAGUGCAGCCUUGAGUGGAAAACAGAGGCGCUAUUCGCUACCUCAUUCUCAGCAAGGCCCGCCUCCCCUUCCUAAAAUUAUCCUUCCUGAUGAACCACAAGCAAGAUCGACCGGUAUUUCUGGUAGCACACCCAUGAUUGCCAGGAUAAGUGUUGAUAUUCCAAUGAUCGUUCUCCCGGACGAUCCCAUCGCGAGUCCAUCCAAAACGCUCUCCGAGGAGCCGGACAUCCCUGGGCUUUCUCUCUCUUCGAGUACUAUCAAGCCUCCUGUAUUCGUCAUUGAUGCUCCAUCCAGUGCGAAGGACGACCGACCACCACCUCUCCAACACCGCCCGCAGUCUUCGCCACCAAAGACAUCCUCGCCAUUCUCUAAACGCCCUCUCCCUACUCCCACGCCUGCACCAGCUCGUCCUCUUCCCGUGCCCUCGAAGACAUCGCCAUUUCCCACAGUAUCCAAGCCUCACAUGACACCUUCCGUGCGACGGAACACAGCCCUGUGUGCCCAUUGUGCAUUGCCCAUAGCAGGGCGCAUUCUGAGUGCCGCGGGCGAGCGUUUCCAUCCUUCAUGCUUCAAGUGUCAUGAAUGUGGUAUCAAUCUUGAAUGUGUAGCAUUCUACCCGGAGCCGGAGAAGAAGCGUGGCGAGCGCCUAGCUCGGAUCCGCCAACGGCAACGAGGUCUCGAAAUGCAAAUACCUGCAGGUGUCACCGAGGAAGAUAUAAGAAGACUUGAAGAACAGGAUGGUGACGAGUCACUGCGAUUCUUCUGUGGACUGGACUUUCAUGAAUUCUUCAGUCCGCGUUGCAAGAGCUGCAAGACACCUAUUGAAGGCGAGGUAGUUGUUGCGUGUGGAGCAGAAUGGCACGUUGGUCAUUUCUUCUGUGCACAAUGUGGUGAUCCUUUUGAUUCGACUACGCCGUUUGUCGAGAAGGAAGGAUAUGCGUGGUGUGUAGGCUGUCAUACCAACAGAUACAGCGCGAAAUGUCGCAAGUGCAGGCGCCCCGUCACAGACGUCGUUAUCAAAGCGUUGGGUGCCGACUGGCAUGCUGACUGUUUCUGCUGUACAGAAUGUGGCGAUGGCUUCGAUGAUGGCAGGUACUUCUUGAGAGGAAACAACCAAGAUCCUCGUUUACAUUGGAUUUUUUUCUCGAAAGCGGAAGGAGCGUUGGGUGGGUCGUUGAAUAAGGUCAACUCAUCAAUUAUCUACAGAGGACUGUUUCCUCAGACUCGAAAUACUUUUUGUUCUUUUCAAUAUCAUACCGAUCAGUGGCCCGUGAUGGAGGCAUACGAGAGUAGACGGUGUAUGCAGUUGUUAGAAGCUACCAAUAUCUGCUCGAUUUUGUCCUGUCAACUAAACGGUCGUUUUCCCAAGUUUCACCAUUCUAGGGGUAAUACGGAGCAAUUUCCUUACCCGCCAAAGGCUUUAGCAAGAAGCCCCCCAGAGUCGGCAACUUCUUUCAUUCAGCAUCUUAGUAGCAAGACUGCAUUGAGCGAGUAUUCAUCGCUCAUUGCUGUCUGGUACCAUAGAAGUCCAGUCAGGUCUCAUCAUCAUGCACUAGGGACCGACGAGCCUCUAGCUCUUGCUCCCAAGCUUAUCUUUGAGACACCGUCGUCCGGUUCUGCGCGCGCAGUACUUGAAGAGAUUCAAUCCACCACCGAGGCUCCCUCCGUCUACUAUACCGCUAGCUGGGGCUCGCCCUGUACUCGACCUACCCAAGACCCUAGUGGACCUAGUGCGCAAGGUACCCCAAUCGCUUCGCCGCGACAUACUGAGAGCGAGAGUCCAUCCUUUAACCUCGAACACCUCGUCCCAUCUCGGGUCGCUGUUCAGGAACGGGACUUCAGUGGUCCUUCUUUCGGUCUCGACCAUUUGUUACCUUCACGCAUUCCGAUCCAGCAUCACAUAGCGAGUCCGAUCACAACAGAACGAUUGGCCCAGCAAGAGGACACAACACAGAGCGUAGCACAAAGACCGUCUCGCCAUACCAUUACUCGUCGUCUGACUGAGGAUUGGGUACAGCAAUACACCACUGGAAAGUGGCGCUCGGAAAGAGGAAAUUGGUUGAGUGACGAAUCUGGCGACAGUAAUUCAGGAUCUGAAGACGAAGAAGAUUUCAAAACACCCAUACCUUUUACCUGGUUCUCUGGACGGCACCGUCGCAAGAAUACGUCGGCCAGUCCUCUAUUCGACAGACAACAAAGACCAGUAUCGCAUGACUCUUUCAAAAGAGGUCACAAAUCUAGAGAGAGCAAUUUAACCUUGAAGCAGGAAGACUUUUUGCAAUUUACGCGUCAAUUGGACGGAUCCGACAUGUCAAUAUUCACCUCAAAGUGGGCUUUGUCCCCUCAGAAGGAGAAACCUCUCCCUCCACCACCUGCACCACCAGGGGAUAUUAGAUCUACGGGAAACAGUCCCAACAAGAACAACCAAUUACCACCACUUCCUUCACCCAAUUCAGACAUGCAACGACCGACACCGCCGCCACGACCGAGGACCAAACUCGCUUGGAGAGGAAAGGCUUGCUGGAUAGCAUUGCCUUCCAUGGCCCCUGAAGCUUAUGGAGGCGAUAAGCCACUCAGCAAGACUGAAACAGAAACGCGUCUGAAGCGUUUUGAAGAGGAGGGCUACAACGUGAAUGGAUUCGAUCUUCAACCAUGGGCCUACCAUGAUUCGAUUGCGUCUCAGAGCAGUGGUCAAUAUCCCGAUGAUUCUGAGCAUGUCAUCAAACGUCAACAGAAGGACUACAAAGUCUUCGUGCCCAACCCCCAGACUUGGAAGUCUUAUGUUGACGAGCUGAUGGAGCAAAAGUUACGCGCUCUGGGUGUGAGCUUGGGAGACGAUCUCGCCCCCGCUCAACCUCCACCCAUGUCUCGUCAAUCCUCUGGCCAUUACCAAUCCGUUUCUCCAAACCUGAUGCAUUCGACCAUGGCCGGGGCAUCGCACCGCUCUACGCCUUCUUUGGCACACUUCCCUACCCCUGGUCACUCUUAUUCGGCGUCUGUCGCUUCACCUCUCUCUAUGCCUGGCGAUCCCAGAGGUCAUGCUCAUAGACACUCGGUGUUCGGUAUGCCAGGAAUGCCAUUCGGAUUUCCUGGUCAGCAGAACCAGCCUAAUGGCCUGCCUGCUUUCUCGCCUUCGACGAACUUCAGCAUGAACGGGCUUCAUAGAGGAGGUUCGCCAGCACUCGAAAGGCUGAAGAGUGAAGGACCACCGGCAAAAUCUCCUGUCUCACCAUACGGUAUGCCGUCUCCAUAUGCUCGCAGUCCUCAUCCACAGUCUGGUGAUUGGUCUGGACAGGCUCAUCUCAGACAUCAAUCGGUGUACUCAAGCUUCUCUCCUCAGUCACAGGCUCAGAGAAGUAUUACUCCGACGCUUACCCCUGGUGCUGCGAUGCGUACAAUCCCAUCGCUUGCCGAGGUUCCUGAAGAUGAAGAAGAGCCGAUGCAAGACUACUUUGCUGGUGCUACACCAAGACGUCAGACUCGUAAGGAGGUUGAGCUUGCCCAUCCUAGUCCGCGACACAAUCGCAACAUUAGCGAUGCUCUUGAGAGAGAAAUACAAGGCUCUGAUUACCACUUAGAAAAGUCUUUCGAACGUCAACUGCAGGAUGAAGAAGAUGAGGUGAACAACAGUUUCGCCAGUCAUACUUCUAGCAAUGGUACUUACGUGCCUCCUGGUAAGCGAAGCUCUCUUGUUCAGAGCACGAACGGAUUUGCUAGCCGCAAUGACUCGCCUAGCCUUGAAAAUGUCCCAGCAAAGCCUCAAAAGGAGGAUCUUGUGACUAUUGGGCUGACAGGCGCUCCCCAAAACAAGACCACAAACAAGGUCAAGGGACAUGUGUCUAGGCUCAGUGUGGCUGCGCCUGAAUUCAAGUUCCAGCCAGGUUCUGCGUUUCAACCGACCUUGCCUAGCCUUCCAGGGGUGUCGAAUUUUGGUCCUCCCGUUCAAAACAAUAUCAGAGUUCCUUCUGGUGGUAACCUGGACAUGGCGGCCGCCGCAUUCCAACCUGCAGCCUUCGGUGUGAUGCCUUCAUCUGACUUCAACUUUGCCUCAGCAUUUCCCUUCAAUCCUGUUGCGCAGGUCCAACAACCUGUCGUUCAUGAGAUUCAGAGUCAGAUCGCUGCUCCGAGCAUCUUUGGCGAUGUAAACAUGUUGGAUGCCACUAAACCUGCGAGAAGGUCUAAGGCUGUGGCUAUCACACAACCGAAGUCUUCACCUGUGAAGGAGGAGCCGGAGGCCGAGGACGAAGAUGGUCGUGCAGCGCAAAGCGAAGACAGACAAAAGAGAGCCAGAGUUGGGCAGGAAGACGGGAACGAUGUGCCUCUGUUUGCAGAGCGUCCUGCAUCUCGUGAUCAACGUGUGACUCAAGGCCCGACGAGCGGCGAGAAAGACGAGUCGUCCAAUGCUCAGGACGGACCGCAGUCUGGCGCAAUCGAGAAGACCGCUCAGCUUGAGAAAACCACGCCGACAAGUGAUAAGAAGCACACUGCAAGAUUGUUGGCUGACAUUGCCUCGACGCGAGCGUCCGAGACGCUACCCGAGAUACCUACCGUCAAUGGUGGGCAAGGGCACAAAAAGAACUCGAGCUCAUUAUCAGCACUCGCAAAACCCUUCGAAUUCAAGGCGCAAGGAUCGAUGUCAAGCAAUCAACCACUCGAAACUCUUCUUCGCAGUCCCGAUCCGAACAAAACUAAGCCCGACUUUAGCCCAUCUCGCGUUUUCUCACGUACGUCUGAGAAAACACAAGCCUCUGUCGAAGAUCUUGAUUACGCGCCUUCGCCAGAGCCACAAAAGCAUAUGCCUUAUCCUAUCGAUAACAUCAAUGAGGGAUCUCGAUUCCCGGAGCCGACCUUUGACGAGAUCGAUGCUGUGAUGCAGCAGCUCAAUGACGACGAUGGUUAUGACCAGUUCCAACAGGAGUUCGCUUCCGAAGUCGCAAGCCCUCAUGCAAGUGUCAUUCAUCACAGCCCUAGACAGGAUGACAAGGAUCGCUCAAUAUCUCCAUUGCCAUCACUCUCGAGAGAGCAAGUGAGAGUACGUCCUGCUCGCAUCAGUCGCCUCAACCGUGGUGAGGAGAUACCUCUGAGCGAAUGGUCUGAUGACCUCUCCGUCGACGAGGCAAGUAAGCUGCGCAGCCGCAGCAAUUUCUUCGAUGAUAGAGUCGAUCAAAUCGUUGGUGGUGUCAUCGAUCACCGUUUGGCUCCCUUGGAAAAGAGCUUGCAGAUGAUUCAUCGUGCAGUGAGUACUAUCAUGACUCGCGAGUCAGCGCCAGUGACAACCCGCGCCAUGUCUGUAGACGAUAGUGAUGCGGACGAUGAGGAUGAAACGGUCGACGAAAGACAGCCGUUCCGCACAAUGUCGCGUGCGCAAGAGAGGAAGGUUAGCCAGAUCAAGGCCGCCGUACUUGAGGCUUUGGCAUCGCAGAAGGCGAACGGCUCCCAUUUCUCGUCCGCCACAGAGAUCCACAAUGCCCUCAUGGACAUGAACACCACUAUCGCUCGCAUUGCUUCCGCUAAUCUUGACAUCGAUGACGUCAAACAUGUCGUUGACGAGUCGUUGCACCGCAUGGGUCAGACUUUGACGACACCGAGUGCACUUGUGGUGGAUACAGAAGUCGUCCACAGACACAAACGUGAAGUGUCCGAACUCAACAACAGAUUAAACAAGACACUUGCCGAUGCACUGGAGGAAGCGAACCAGCGUCGUAACAUUGAAGAGCGUGAGGCUGAUACUCGGCGACUACUUCGUCUUGCUGAAGAGGAACUAUCCCUCCUCCGCAAGACUGUGGGUGACAAAGAGCAACGUAUCCAUUCUUUGGAAAACCAACGCGAGGAGCUUGAGAUCCGGGUGGAUUCUGCCGAAGUUACUCAUGCUCAUGAUCGCAAGCAGUUAUCAGACUUUGAGGCAGAGAACUCGGCACUCGAAUCUACUAUUGAAGAAUACCGCCUCUCCAGCAUGAAGUGGAGAAACGAGGUUGACGAGGUCACCGGCCAGAACGAAGCCCUCAAGGCCAGUGUUCUCGACCUCAACGCCCAAGUCGAAGAAACUCGUGAGACCAUUAGACUGGCUCAUCAGCAGAUCGAGAAUGCCGUUAUUGAGAACGUAGCUCUCAAGAGUAGCUCAGCCGAGCUCUUGUCACAGCUUGAAGAGUCUCAAGCCUUUGGCAAACAAGCACGCCAAGCAGCCGAUGACGCAGCUAUCGAAGCCACUGCAAUCAAGGCUAGCGCAGCAGAAUUGAUGCUCCAAUUGGAACAGUCUCAUGCUUUCGUGAAGCAAGUCCAGCAGACCGCCGAUGAUGCUGCUGCAGAGAAUACAGCAUUGAAGGCUAGUGUUACGAGUUUGGUCGCCGAGCUUGAAGAGUCUCGCCUUUACGCCAAGAAGUGGAAGCAUGAAGCUGAAGUUGCUGCUCGUGAAAAUGCUAAUAUUCAUGAGAGCAUGUCUGAUUUGAAAAAUCAGAUUGCGGACGGUCUCAGCAUUCGCGAGAACAUGCGCAGUAAACUCGACAAGAUUCACCAUGGCAUGAUCUCAGCCGCCGAACAAUUGGCCAACGAAAAGGCGAUCUGGCAAAACCGCAACGAGGAGUUGCAAAAGAGAUAUGUUGUCCAGCAAGCCCGUCUCGAGGGCGAAGUCAGCAUCAGACGUAGCAUUGAAGAGGAAAUACAGAGCUUGCGCACCCAAGUGCACGAGGCUGUCACCACCAAGAUCCAGCUUGAACAACUCCAAAGAUCUACCUGCCUCCAUGAAGAGACUUUAAGAAGUCUCAGGGAUAAUCUUACUUCAGAACAGACCCUGAACGCUCGUCUAGAGCGUGAUCUGCAUGAGGCUAGAGAGUCUGGAAGGGCAGAGGUUCAGCGCACUCAGAUGAUCAUGCAGUCCAGCAUCGAAGCAGCCGAAAGUCAGGCCAAUAUCACACGUGCUAGUCUGGAGCAUGAAAUCAUGCUUACUAAGAAUGAGAUUGACAACAUCAAGAUGGUGUCGGACGAUGCUCGCGAGAGACAUGAGCGCUCGCUUGAGCAAGAAGCUGAUCUCAGACGUGAUGCUCUUCGCAAAGUCAAUGAGACCAGCAGUGCUGCUCUGAACGAUUUGCGUGAGAAGCAUGCAGAGGAGAUCAGAUAUCUCAAGUCGCAGUAUGAAAGAAGUGUUGCAAAUGCGUAUGAGGACAAGCAACGAUCGGCUGUACACUUCAAUGACAGACUUGAGCUGUCGAAUGACCAAGUCUUGCACUUACGUGACAAGGUCGCUCAUUUGGAAGAACGCCUCAAUGUUGCUAGAUCUGCAGCACAAGCGGCUGCCCAGGCUGCCAAGUCUGCCCCAGCAGCGACUUCUAUGUCCAAAUCCACGUCGCGUGAGGAGCCGGAAAAGAUCUCGCCUCAAGCCCUUCGCGAAUCCAUUCUGGUGUUGCAAGAGCAACUUCAGGAACGUGAGACUCGUGUCGAACGCUUACAGAGCGAGAUUGCAAAUGUCGAUACCACAGCACCCUCCAAGCUCAAAGAGAAGGAUGUCGAGAUCUCUUGGCUGCGCGAACUUCUAUCUGUCCGCAACGAGGACCUUAACCAGUUGGUUGACACCUUGUCGAAGUCAGACUAUGACCGUGAUGCUGUCAGGGAUUUCGCAAUCCGCAUCCGUGCCAACCUCCAGAUGGAGCAACAAGAGAAGGAGCGACUCAUCAAUGCCGGGCCGUCUCUGACUGGACAAGCAUUGGCCAACUUGACCAAUUUCGCGUCACCCAAGGCAGUCUCGCUUGCCGCAGCAUUCGGCAAUUGGCGCAAGAGCAGAGAGACUUCUCGCCCCGCCGCAGCUCCCAAAGCUCCUGCCACGAGAGCAACUGCUAGAUCGUCCGCUGCUGCAGCUCGUAUGGCUAAUGGCCGUACUCAGACGCCUUCCAAACCAUCGCCCCUGCCUUCGCCGUCCGUCCUAUCUGGUCUUAUGACGCCUCCUUCUACAAACUUCCGCCGCACUCCUGGUCCUGUCGAUGAGCCAAGUGGAUCACAGCGUUCAAGUCUCAGCUUCUCUCAUGCUCCCCAGCAAGAUGACAGCGAGGCCCAGAUGACCUAUUUUGACACAACGCACAAUGAGCAAGGCGGAGAAAGCCCAAUGGUUUUCAGACGUCAAAGCUAUGAUGAAGAUGCACAGCUCGGUGAUAUCGAUACCAGCAUUGGUGCUGAUGACGAGGAAGAGCAAGAAGUUGUCAACAUGGAUGACGAGGUCCAAGAUUCUCAUGAUCAGACACCCGAAGAACUGGUUGGCAGGAGCCUUGCUAGUGAGCUCGAGGCAAUGUAA